UUUUCCAAGGGGCAACAAUCAUCCCCAUUUUAAUGUCGUCUUCCUCAUUUUUUAGUUUCAAAAGAAGAGGUUGCUUGUGACAAGAAAAAAGUGCAUUGCACAGUUUAUUGCACAUAUUAUACCAAUUCUAGAUGACUACUAAAAGGGUUACAUGGAAGUCUAUGAACUUGAUCCUGAGCUGUUACAAGACUAAGUUCCCAUUGGAGGAUUCUGAGAAACGGGUUUUGAAACAAGGAUCAUUCCAGAGGUUGUGUCUAUCUGAUGUAAGCAACUCAAGCUCUACUCAAGCCAUUGAAGAUCUUUCAGUUUCAUUUGGUGGUUCAAAACUUUAUGCAUUCACACUUGAGGAGCUGAGAGAGGCAACAAGAAAUUUCUCAUGGAGUAACAUGCUUGGUGAAGGAGGGUUUGGACCUGUUUACAAGGGCUUUUUUGAUGACAGACUCAGGCCUGGUUUGAAGGCUCAGACAGUGGCUGUGAAACAAUUGGACUUGGAUGGCUUGCAAGGUCACAGGGAGUGGCUGGCAGAGAUUAUAUUUCUUGGACAGCUAAGGCAUCCACAUCUUGUUAAGUUAAUUGGGUACUGUUAUGAGGAUGAAAACAGGCUAUUGGUGUAUGAAUACAUGCCAAGAGGCAGCUUGGAGAAUCAACUCUUCAGAAAAUACUCUGCUGCCAUGCCAUGGUCUACAAGGAUGAAAGUUGCAUUAGGUGCUGCUAAGGGGCUAGCUUUUCUUCAUGAAGCAGAUAAACCUGUAAUCUACAGGGAUUUCAAAGCUUCAAACAUCUUGCUAGACUCAGACUAUACAGCUAAACUCUCAGACUUUGGUCUUGCUAAGGAUGGCCCUGAUGGGGAAGAAACACAUGUAACAACGCGCAUCAUGGGAACACAUGGCUAUGCCGCUCCUGAGUACAUCAUGACAGGUCACCUUACAACCAAGAGUGAUGUGUACAGCUAUGGAGUUGUUCUGCUGGAACUGCUGACAGGAAGAAGGGUAGUGGAAAAGUCCCAGUCGAAUCGAGGGAGGAGCUUGGUGGAAUGGGCAAGACCUAUGCUGAGAGACCAGAAGAAGCUGCACCGGAUCAUAGACAGAAAACUUGAAGGCCAAUUUCCAUCCAAAGGAGCCAUGAAAGUUGCUAUGUUGGCUUUUAAAUGCUUGAGCCACCAUCCAAAUCCAAGGCCCUCCAUGAGUGAUGUGGUGAAGGUUUUGGAGCCACUUCAGGACUUUGACGAUGUUCUCAUAGGGCCAUUUGUGUAUGUCGCUGUCAAUGAAAACGGCGACAAGGAUAAAAUAUAGCAGCAACACACCUCACAAAUGCAGAUAAAAUAUACAAGACACCAAAAGGAAAAGGUAAAACAAAAGGAAAAGAAAGUGAUGUGUUUCUUAUUUCAUUUUGCAAGUGACAGCUUGAUCUUCACAACCAUGAAGCAUGAUGCAAGUUAGUUAUUAUAUAUUUAUCUGACUGUGGCUUUGAAAUAGAAAGCUGCAAUAAGAAAGGUGAUGUUUUCAGGGGAAAAUAAGUAGUACCACAUCAGAAACCAUGUUAUCAGAAGAGGUAAUUGAGGUUUCUAAGGUUUGAUCAUGUACAAAACAAUGUAGAAGCACUUGAAACAAGUGCUUGUACGGAUGUUAUUACUUGUAUCAAAAGUUUGGAUUAGUUUGGAGACUUAACUCUAGUAUAGAUAUAUCCAAACUAAAUUUUAUUCACAAAUCAUGUAUAUUUGACAAAAUUAUUGUUGGCUGGGUUGUGCAGAUGAUUUUUUAUUUUACAUCACAUUUUAGAGAA